AUGGAACCCGAGCCUUACUUCCCAGAUUUUGAUGCAUCCUUAUGCUCAAGCAGCAGAUGGUGGUCGAGGGAGACGUUGGCGGUGGUGACGGGAGGGAACCGGGGUAUAGGGUAUGCUUUGGUGAAGCGCCUUGCAGAAUUGGGAGUGACGGUCAUCUUAGCAGCCAGGAACAGAGAGAAAGGAGAGGCUGCAUUGAUGUCACUCCGAGCCGAAGGCCUUGUUGACGUUCAUUUUCUGUUACUCGAUGUGUCUGAUCCCCUUUCUAUCGCCGCCUUCGCAUCCGCCUUCAAAGCCAGAUUUGGACCCACCUUGGAUAUUCUUGUCAACAAUGCUGGGGUGUCAUUCAACGAGCUGCAUGCGAACUCGGUGGAGCAUGCAGAAACGGUGAUGAACACCAACUUCUGCGGCCCAAGGUUGCUCAUUCAGGCUCUCCUCCCCCUCUUUCGUCCUAAUUCUUCGAAUAUCAAUCGCAUUCUCAAUGUGAGCUCCAGGCUCGGAUCUCUAGAUAAGGUGAGAAACAAGGAGAUAAGAAAAGUUCUAGAGGGGGAGAAGCUGGAGGAGGAGGAGAUAGAGGAAAUGGUGAGAAUGUUCGCGAGAGACGUGAAGAGUGGAAGGUGGAAGAGCAGAGGAUGGCCGGAAUACUGGACAGAAUACGCAGUGUCGAAGCUAGCUCUGAAUGCUUACUCUAGGAUUCUGGCAAAGCGACUCCAAGGAAGCAUAAGCGUGAACUGCUUCUGCCCCGGUUUCACCAAGACUUGCAUGACAAAUGGUCAGGGCACUCACUCUCCCAGCCGCGCUGCCUCUGUUGCUGCCACUCUUGCCUUGCUUCCCCCUCAUCUCUUGCCCACUUCCAAAUUCUUCUUGCUUCGCUCUUCCCCUCCCUCCCGCUCUCACCUCUCUAGACUCUAG